CACACACACACACACACACACACACAUACCUUCCGGGUAUACAUGCACACACACAAAAUUUCCGGGUACAGACAGGCAAUUUACACCAUUACAUAACCUACGCACAUACACCCCCUCCCUACACCCAAUCACACACAUCUAACACCCAUAUCCACCCAUAUAAACUUAGACCACCUCUUCCUUCAUGUCACUCCAUUCGACCACCCUUCCCUACCAUCAUCAACUGGUUCAGCUUACUUAUACUACUGCUACCACUACUACAACUUCACGAUGGUAGUUACUCAGACUGGCCCACUACUCUUCCUGCUGCUACUACUACUACUAGAUGUCCUGGUGGCGGCACAGCAUACACAGCAUAGAGGGAAUAACCUAAGGAACCAAGCACCAGGUUUCGUUGAAGGGGCCGAGUUCGAUGUCUUUUCCCACCUCGAGGACAUUGCAUUGCACGGGGGUUUCUUUUUCCCUGUGGUUGAGGCGUCCCAAGGGGUUUCCACCCUUUCUCAACCAAGACAAGCCGCAGUGGAAAAGGGAAAGACAAAAUCCACAUCGACAGCAAAGCGCUUCAUAAGCGGGGCGGCAAUGUGCGGCUCCUACACUCUCGUCAGGGGGGAAGCAGUGGCCCUGGCGACCCCCAACUUCCCUGAGAACUACACCGCUAAUUUUGACUGCAUCUGGGCCAUCAAGACACAGGCCACCAGACUCAUGCUGACCUGCUCGUCUUUCACUCUCGGCGACGGGGACUACCUCUCUGUACAGUACGGCCAGAACACCGCGCUGAUGUUCCAGGGACAAACAGGGCCCCGAGACGUGGUGUACCCUUCUCAAAACCUCGCGCUAGGCUUCCACUCCGACUGUCGCACUGAAGCAAGGGGCAUGAGCUGCUAUGUGGAUGCCAUGGGCCUUGCCCCGGACUGGAUGACCUACCCAGAGUGUGGUUUGCCUAACAGAAGGGACCAGAAUCGUAUUACAGGAGGAUUAGAGACCGCGGACCAUGAGUACCCAUGGCUGACGCUGCUCAUCAUCUUCUGGAGUGACUUCAAAGUGACCUGCUCAGGCUCUCUCAUUCACGCCCAGUGGGUCAUCACGGCCUCACACUGCCUCCUCAGGAGGAAGAGCGGGCAAGUGUGGACGCCCCGAGUGACGGUGCACCUGGGCGUGGUGACGAGGGAGCAGGGUGGCCAGGUGGUGGUGGAGGCGAGCACUGUCAUCCUGCACCAGAAACUCAACUUCCAUUAUGAUGUGGCUCUGCUGAAACUGGAGCGCCCUGUUGAAUUCUCUGACACUAUACGCCCCAUCUGCCUGCCGCCCCGGAGCCUCAGCGUGUCGCCAGAGGGAGCCCGGGUGGAGAUCGCUGGGUGGGGCAAUGACGAGAGUGGCACAAAGAGCAAUGUGCUGAAGGUGCUGAAGCGGCUCGGGAUGUCUUGGGAGACGUGCAAGGCGUGGUUCCCCAAAUACAUCACACAGCACCACUUCUGCACCCACGGCAGGGACCGGCGGCACAUCUGCGUGGGCGACUCGGGCGGGCCGGUCAUGGUAGAGGUGGAGGGGCGCCUGGCACUGCUGGGGGUCACCAGCUUCACCGCUACAGCCUCCUGCAAUGGCACCAAACCCGAUGGACACAUUUCCGUCCCUCACUUCUUGGAUUGGAUAGAACAAGAGACAGGCAUUAAGCUUCCUGUCUAAGUUUAUACAGUGCAGCAAACCUUUCGGCGUCUUACCUCGCCUACUUAACCCCUUCAGUAGUGAAACAUAUUUUUACCUUGAGAUUUGUGUACGAUUAGACUAUCUUCUAGACAUUAGGCAGUGUUUAUGGAGGUCAGAAGAUUAAUGACCACAGUUUUCACUAUUUUAAUCCCCCACACAAGUUGCUGAAGUUGUAUAAAAUCGCCAAACAGUAAGCAGAAUGAAUAUGGAAACGCGUCAUAGUACUGAAGGCUUUAAUGUCAAGAAAUCAUCAAGGUUUUCAGGGGCAACUCCUUAAUAUUAUACAGCUUAACAAGGAUUUCUAUCAGUCAUUGAGAAAAGAGGGGGAAAAAAAAAGUAAUUAAUGAUCUCGUCUUCAAAUUAUAGCUAUUAUAAUACUUGGGCGUUUGUAUUUCUUUUCUUAAUCAGA